CAAGUAGUCAAUUCACCACCUUCAAUUAAGGGUGCUCUAUCAAUCUAUGCAGAUAUUCUCUUCCUAUGCCAAAGUAGGAACUACAAGAAUAUGAUCGGGAUUCAUGCAAUUCAGAAAGUCAUGCCUCAAUUGAAUAUAAUCUAGGGUUCUCCAUACCUAGGUGAGAGAGGGAGUUUACUCCAUAGAGAGAGAAGAGAAGUCAACUUGAGAUGCAUAAAUCAUCUUGUGGAGGAUGAACUUCAGCUUCUGGUUGUCAAUCGACACUUUUACAGGCUUCAAUCGAGCUCCAAUGGCGUCAAAACUCGAUCUAGGUCACCUUGGAGGUUGGGUUCGUAACUUUCUCUCUCUAGGUCUCUAUUUCUUGCUCUCAAAUUUGGAUCCCUUCUCAAAGAUUCGAAAUUGGGUUAAAAUCCAGCUCUGCCGAAUUACACGGCCAGACCACACGACCGUGUGAAUCUCCGGUCUGCCCGUGUGAACCCCGAACCGCAGCGUUGCACUCAGUUGUUCGCUGGGUGUCACAUGGCCAGGAUGUACGGCCGCGUAGAACCCAACCUUGGCCAUGUGGACUCCAUGGACACCCCGUACGACCGAAAAGUUCCCUCACACGGGUUGUAUGGCCCUGUCCGCGUAAACUCCCUUGCACAUCCAACUUGCACGGCCGUGUAGAAUUAUGGCGAGGCCGCAUGAACUCCUCAGCUUCCUGUCGAAUGGCCUAACAAGAACAACCUUCAUUCACGUAUUAGGACUUGAAAUAUCACUAACAUGAACAACCUAGCGUGAAAUUGGCCUAAAACACCAGAGACGAGGCCGAAACAGUAUAAGCAUGGUGGACAAAAUAUGUGCAAAUACCUAGUCAUCAUCAUCCGAGCAAAAUGUUCCUAUUGGUUGAAACUAGUGUUAGCACUAUGCUAACAAGAAAAGUGUUGGCACACUAGCCCCUCCCGUUUCGUUUUAAUGGUGGGCUUGUUUGUUUUUGUUUAAAAUUAAUAUAGGAAUAAUCAAUGUAUUAUGGUUAAUUAAUAAUUCAAUGAACAAUCCAUAUUUAUAUGUUUCACUAAAUUUAUAACAACGAGUAUUUUGCAGUUUAAGGUGUGUGAGUUACAAUUAUUAGAGUUGUGUAUGAGGCUUUGUAUUUGAACAUUUUAUACCGACAAAAUGUAUAUUUCUAAAAAAAAAAAUUAGACGACAUGACUUUUUGACACUUAUAGAUCUACCCCUGCUUAUGAGUUUAAUAAAAAUUUACUCAAACUCGAUAGUUAGUAAAUGAAUCGAGUGUCCAAAAAACUCUUUCCGACCUAAAAGCUGAACCGAGCAUCUUAGUUAAUUUGCAACCCCAGUCGUAUGUAAUGUAGUAGGUUGUACAAAACUACAAGUUAGUACAACUUUUUUUUUUUUUUUUCCUUCUAACAAUGCUGGGCCUAAACCUGGCCUGCCGUAUCCUACAUUUCUACCUAAUAUUUACCCAAAAUCGGAAUUAAAUUUGGGCCCAUAAUUCAUCGCUCUCCUUCAUUCUUGCUUUACCCUCGUCGUUGGUUUCGCUUGCUUCUGCUACUCGACUGGUUAGCAACCCGAGAGAACCGACCAGUUUGCCUCGCCGGACCUUCAAGAUGAGUCUUCUAAGAAACGGAAUCCGAUCGGCCUUCGCUCUCCGAAGCUCGGCUUCAAGACUUGGAUCUCCCCCGUUUCUCCUUCAAUCUGCGAAUCAUUUCUCCACCGAAGCAGGACGGCCUCUUUCCCCGGCAUCAGCGCUUGAAAACCCAUCCGUGGAUCCGUUCCUUCAGAAUCCUGGCACCGCAUACGGGAAAUUGUUCGGCAACACUAGGCAUACGCUGAAGACGGACAUUAUCAAUAUGCUAGAGGGCUGUGACUUGGGUCUUGAGGAUAUCAAAUUCAACUACACCCGUGGCUAUGGUCCUGUUGCAGUGCUAUUACAGUUUCCUUCCCGUCAAGCCUACGACAAUGCAUUUAAGGUCAUUGCGAAGAAGGGUCGUUUAUACAGGCUGCUAAUGGCUAACCGUUCUGAGUGGGAUCUUCAACAGCCUUUCUAUGGAAAAACUGUUCUGGUGCAAGGAGUUCCUCCAAAUGCACAACUAGACGAUAUCGAACGCUUUUUGUCAGGCUUUGAUUUUGACUCAUCUUCCAUCCAAUUUAUAAGGCAAGGGAUGCCACCAAAUUCCAUAAGAACUGCUGUAGUGAAGUUUGCGUCCCAGGUGCAAGCAAUGAAUGCAUUGAUUUCCAAAAAUGGAGGCUUUUGUCUCAACAAUCGAGUUGUGAUGCGAGUUAUUCAGUAACGUCCUGCCUUGGCCUCAGCUACUGCAUCUUCAGUCUUCAUGGUGCUUGGGAAAGGACACAUCGAAUGUUACUGGGAGCAGUUAGUGAAGAAUUUGACAGACUUCUUUCUUUCACGUUGUUAGACACUUGAAUGAUCGCCACUUCCUUUCGGCUAUCAAAUUUCUUGCACCGCAGCUCAAGUUUAGGCUCGGAGUUGCGAACUUUUGACUCAGAGUUCAGUUUUACUAACAUUGGUUUAGUCGAAUUAUGUAUCUUCCCCGUUCCCCAUGCUAGUUGAACAGCGCAUGAGUAGGUUAAGAAAUAAAUGAGGCUUAU